UGAGUGUCAUCAUUUGACAUUUCUUUGAAAACGAUGAAUGACGAAUUUCAGAAUCUUUUGCAACAAAUUACGUUAUAAAAGUGUUUAACAAUUUUGUUUCGUCAUUAUACGCUAAAGAACGUUAAAGAAGAACAGUGAAGUUAUUGUAUUAGCAAGUUAAAUUAUAAAAAUGGAGUUUCCUCAUAUUGGAAAGAAUUGUUCCUAUAAAUCCUGCAAUAAAUUGGAUUUCUUGCCAAUGAAAUGUGGAGCUUGCCGUGAAGUGUUCUGCUCUGAUCAUUUUGCGUACGUAAAACAUGAAUGCCCAGAGCCCAACACUCGUGACGUACAAGUACCUGUGUGCCCACUCUGCGGGGCUCCUGUACCUGGUAGAAGAGGAGAGCCACCUGACAUAGCUGUUGGUGCACAUAUUGACAAUCAGUGUACUUCAGAUCCCGCUAGGGAGAGAAGGAAUAAGGUGUUCACAAAUAGAUGUUCAUACAAAGGCUGUAAGACGAAAGAGAUGGUGCCUCUAGUGUGUGGAGAAUGUUCGCUCAACUUCUGUCUGAGGCAUCGGCACGCGACCGACCACGCUUGCGAAGGCAAACUCGCCGCAAAGAGGAGACAGGCUGCUGAAGCUGCAAUGGCGCGUAUGAAGGCGGCCGAAAAUCGCAACAAGCAAACGGCACAGGCCGCCACGCCGGUCACCACUUUCGCUGAAGUACAAGGGACCAUGAGUGAAGACGAAGCGCUGGCGCAUGCAUUAGCACUGUCCAUGCAGGAGAAUGCAAACAUCCACGCGCGAGACAACAACUUCGCGCGCGCCCUCACGCGGCAGCGCGUGGGGGGCGAGCAGAACUCCAGGUGCUCCGUCUCAUAGCAUCGCAACACAUAUUAACGACUUCACUAUAUGCAAUGGGAGUAUAAUUCGUUUUUCUUAUGUCAGUGAUACGGAUUUUACUAAAACAUAUUUAUGAUUAUUUAAUAUUGGGUUUUCAAAAAUUCUAUACCUCUGAAUGACUUCUAGACAUAUUAAGAUGUGUGGUUACUGUAUGACAGAUAAUAAAUUUGAAGACGGAUAAAAACGAAUUAUAUUGUGGUCUGAGUUACAAAGAAAAUGUGCAGUAGAAUUAAGGGUGCUUUACCUUAACAUAGAGACAGAAAUUGACGCGCAACAUGACUGUCAACAUGUUUGCCAACACAGUACAGUGUUAGAUGAUACAGAAUAUAACGUCAUAUAUUGCAGUGAUGGAUGUUUAUUAACGACAGAUUUAUGCAGUUGAAUGUAAAGGAAUUAAUAUCUUGUGGACCCAUUACUUAAGGACUAAUCUAGAAUACCCACAGCUAUAAUGCCACAAGCACAAUGUAUUUUAUUUAAAGUGUCAAAUGGGGUGAAUAGGGAUACUGAAAUUAAUGUUAAUAAAACUGAUCUUGUGUUACAAAGACUGAUGGAGCGAAAUGCUAUCCAAACUCUAAUAAAUAACAAUGACAUUAAACAUUUUUUUUGCUUAUUAUAUAAGAAUGAAGUCAUGUGAAGUGGACUGCAUGACGACUUAGUUAUAUUGAGUGCACCAAGUGAUAUAAGAUUUUCUCCUCAGUAUCAGCCCGAAGUUUGCAAUUUGUGGCCAAAAUGGCAAUAAAUUCGCCUUAUAAUAUCAUGGGACAGAACAAAAGGUACAGAAUGGGUCUUAGACUAUACCUCUGCCUACUCCUUCGGAGAUAAAGGCUUGAUGUGUGUAAUGAAUAAUCUCGGUGAUAUAAUUUAAUAUUGUUUGUAUCGAUCCCUGUUCGCUCCAGUUGUCAGCAAUUGAAUAAAUAGCUUUCAUGGGCGCCGCCAAAAUUAGUUCUAGGGAGGUGCAUCUGUACCUGUGCACUAUACUACAUAAUAUCAUUAAGUUUUAUUUUCAAAUUGCGCGGGUUUUUGAAAAUGCUUUAUCAUACAAAAAUCUCUGUGGUCAAUAGAUCCCAUUGUUGCAGAUUUAUUCAGUGACAUAUUUUUUGUUAUUUUUUUACGGGAAGGGGUUACACGAGUACCUACUUGCAUCCCCCUCCCUGCGCCCAUGAUAGCUUUGUUUCACCGUAGCUUUGUUGCUGUGCAGUUAUUGCGUUAUCGGAUAAAUAAUGUGUUAAAAUAUUUCUAAGAGUUUAUAAAAUUUUGUAUGCACCUCUGUUCAAUCUAACGACUGAUAUAUUCCUAUGGUAAUUAAGAUUGUUAGUAGCACACUUAGGACUAAGGUGACUUAACUCAAAAAAGACAAUUUGUGGGAAACAAAGAAAAAAGAUUUGAAAACAAUAUAAAAGGCAGUGAAUUGGGUCGCGGUGAAAGUGAGAAUCUGUUUCUAUUCUAUAUUUUUUCGUUUUCUCGUCAUAGGGUUAUAGAGCUAGCUUUGCAAGAUAGUUUUUUUUAACAAAAUCAGAAAAUAUAUAACCUUUGAGUUGGGUAAUUUUAGUUGUAAGAGUGCGGAGUAUUUUUGACGUGCGCGGCAAAGGCGGUAACUUUAUUUGGUUCAUUUUUCUGGUGCGUAAUAUAGAGAUAAACCAAGUAUAUUUUUAUGUAAGUUAUUUAUAAAUAAGCAACUAUUAACAUAUUGACAUGAAAGUUAAAUACCAAAUAAGGUUUAUAUGUAAAUUGAAUGGAAAAUAUUUUUAUGCAAGUAUUAUUUACGAUAAUCAAUAGCAGUCUUACUUAUAAACUUGUUUUAGCGUUAAGAGGUGGUUAAGACUUACAGCUGAUCGAGUAAAUUUGUGUUUUAACUAAGCAUAGCUUAGCGAAAUUUUUAUAAGUAAGACUGUAGGUGUUUAUUUUUACUAGACCAUAAAGUCUCUGCUAAUAAUAAGGUUGGUUUGAAUUGCAAGAUACAGCCGUUUUCAAUAAACGAUCCCAAUCUCAAUCUUCUAUCCGAUUCCGAAAAUGAACCAAUCAAUAACUCAUUUGUACGCAUGUCAAAAAAACUUUGUUAUGAUUGGUCCAUUUUUGAAAUAGAUCGAAGAAGCGAUUGGAUUCGGUUAUUGAAUAUGACGGUUAGACGAGUUAUGAACCUAAUCUAGUUUGGUAUGUGUACGUUUUCAUUUUAUUUAACUCGGGAUUUGAACAAGGUCUCCUAGUUUGUCGAAUAUGCAUUCCUAAUUUAUUGAAUUAUUUGUAGCGAUGUAGGCACAGAACACAUGCUUUUUAGAUAUAUUAUAAUUCAUAUUAAAAACAUUAAUCACAAUUUGUAAAAUUUUAAUAUUUUUGUCAAUUAAACUUUAUGAUUAUUUUAUUGUUAAUAUUCUCUUGUAUUUCUUAUUAUGCUUAGAAAAGCCUUGGAUUAUAAGCACAAUUAUUUAAAAAACAAUGUAUCAAGAAUUUACAAUCUCUGCUUAUGCCGUGUUGAAAUAUAAUUAUUAAUAUAAUUGAAAAUUAUAUUUUUGGAAAUAAAAUGUUAAUGAAUAAAGCAUUUUGAAAAA